GACUUUUUCACAGGCUCGCUUUCUCCACCGUCGGGGUUUCCACCCCGCCCGCCCGGAAAAAGACCGAGCAGCAACCCCGCCAGGCGGAGCUGGAACUCCACCCAUUCCUCCCUCCCUCCCUCCCUCCCUCCCUCUCUCUUCUUGAUAUGGCAGUGGUGGCUGAAGACCCCACCGUGUUCACUACAGAUGCUCUGCCUUCUGAGGCCAGACUCCUCCCCACGCUGACCAAUGCCUAUCUGGGGACCCGAGUCUACAGGGACAUCCUUCAUGUCAAUGGGGUGUACAAUGGAGCAGUCGGGCAGACACAUCGGGCGGAUCUCCCCAGUCCUGUGAAUGUCAGAAUGGAGGUGGGUGGGGCCAACCACCUGAGGGAGACCUUCUGUUUGGACACCAGGACAGGGACCUACAUCCACACUGCCCAGUGCUCAGGAUAUACAGCUAGUCACACAAUCUAUGCCCACCAGUCUCUUCUCCAUCUUCUGGCCUUCAGCAUAACCAUCUCAAGGUCAACCCUUGAAACUAAGCCCAUCACAGUGAAUCUCCACACCCAGUUCACACCAGAGAGUCCAGACCUGGACUUGCAGGAAGGACCGGAUUUCCUGGGAGCUCACUAUCUGUAUGGAAAGACAUUGAUCCCAGAAGUAGAGGGUGGCCCCCAGCCUACUGUACACAUGAUCUGGACCCCCGUGCCCCAAUCAGUGACCCUCCCUGGAGAAAAGAAGGAGCAGCGAUGGGAGUUCCUCACUGCCAUAGCAGAGACUAAAGAAGACGUGCAAAGGACCUUUUGUGAAGGAAUCUCCCUGAUUGGAUCUGGUUCCUUGUAUCUGUCUCAAGUCCAGGCAUGGGCAGCGCUCUGGGAAGGCUGCUGUGUAGAUGUGGAUGGGCCUCUUUCCUUCCGCCAGGCCAUUUAUGGCUGCCUAUAUUACCUGCUCAGUGCCAUUCCUCCUCUGGGCUCUGCUAAUUUUCCAUUCUCUGGAGUCAGCCCAGGAGGCCUUUCCAAUGGCACAUCUGGAGAAGACUACUGGGGCCACGUCUUCUGGGACCAGGAUACUUGGAUAUACCCAAACAUCUUGCUUUUCUAUCCAGAAGCAGCUUGCACGAUCCUAAAAUACAGAGUCCGAACACUAGAGGGAGCUCUACACAACGCACGGAAACAAGGAUACAAGGGUGCAAAGUUUCCCUGGGAGAGUGCGGCGACAGGCCAAGAGGUCUGCCCUGAGAAAAUCUAUGGAGACGAGGAGAUCCACAUCAAUGGAGAUGUGAUGCUGGCCUUUGAGCAGUAUUUCUGGAUCACCCAGGACUUGAAGCUCUUUCAGCAGGAAGGUGGCUGGGACGUAGUCCAGGCUAUCGCUCAGUACUGGUGCAGCCGGGUAGUGUGGAGCUCUGAGGAAGAGAACUAUCACAUUGUUGGUGUUAUGCCCCCAGAUGAGUAUCAUUGCACUGUAGAUAAUUCUGUCUAUACGAAUGCUGUUGCCCAGAGGAGCUUGGACUUUGCAAUUGACUUGGGCUCCCAGUUGCAUUUUCCUGUUCCUGAAGAGUGGAAGGAGAUUAUGAAGAAACUUAAAGUGCCUUUGGAUAAAAGCAGAUGUUACCAUCCAGAAUUUGAUGGGUAUUGUCCAGGUGAGCCAGUGAAACAAGCUGAUGUUGUCUUGCUUGGGUUUCCUCUCAUGUACCCUAUGGACCCAGAAGUCAGAAGGAAUGAUCUAGAGAUCUAUGAACCUGUGACUGAUCCUCAGGGGCCAGCCAUGACUUGGAGCAUGUUUGCUGUUGGCUGGCUGGAGCUGAAGGAAAUCAAAAGAGCACAACAACAAAUGAACAAAUGUUUCAACAACAUCACCGAGCCAUUCAAGGUCUGGGUGGAAAACUCUGAUGGAUCAGGAGCUGUAAACUUCUUGACUGGGAUGGGUGGAUUUCUACAAGCCAUCUUUUUUGGAUAUGCUGGGUUCAGGAUCUCGAGAAGCUGCCUGAAGUUUGACCCUCUUUAUCCUGAUGACAUAAAGCAGCUGAACAUUACUGGAGUGUGCUACUUAGGAAGCAAGCUGAAUUUCACCCUCACCAAAGAAAAAACCACCAUCAAAAUGACCAAGUCUUCUCCUGAUUUACAGUUAUCUGCUCUGGAGGUAGUACUGGCUGGAACAGGAGAGCAUCUGCCCUUAAAAGAAGGACAAAGUGUCUCCUUUUUUACAACUGCUGGAUGGAUUCAGAAAGCAUCUGUUGAGCAUUUUAAAUCCACCUUGUAACUUUAUGACAUAUAUUAAAAUUAUCAAGAAAUAGUUGAUAAUUUCUUAUAUCACAUUAUUGGAAUGCUAUUUACUUAUUUCAUGUCCAGAUCAAACUUUGCUCUGCCAGAAUGUGGCCACCACCACAGCUUUGUCAUUAGCUUGCUGUAGGUCAUCGACAGUACAAGGCGGUAUGUUAAUCGCUUAACACUGGAAUGUUAAGAGACAUGAUUCAUUUGUAAAUCUCAGCAGUAUCACUAGAGAAAUUUUUUUUAAUCAGUACAGAAUGUAUUAUACAGCCUGAGAUAAUGCAAAUUCCAUGGAUACUUAAUGAAAAAUUUAUGCUUUUGCCUUUAAUACAAUUGAUUUGUUGUUGCCAUCAAACUGGGUGUUGAGCAUUUAUAUCAUGAUUCAUACAGCAUAAUUCUUGCAUAUUUAUUUCCCUUUUUGCAACUCACAUCAGAAUUUUAAGGUACAAUAUUAUUACACUAGCCAAAUUACCACAGUAGAUGAGUUUGUAAAUAACUGGAGCUAUAUAAGCUAUUUCCAUUUCUUUGAUAAUAUAUUUGUGAAGGCCCUUCUUGUGGUUUUCAGGAUUCCCAAUUUAUUUUUCCUUGUGCUCAAGACAUUCAUGACACUCAGUUUCUGAAAUGAG